CGCAGACUGCCGCGCAGUCCGCUACAACACCUAUUUGAAGCGAUCUAUCAUUCUGCGCCGCCCCAAGCUUCACCUCAAUCUACCACCAUGUCGGGCGACGCAAGCUCCCAAGAACACCCAGCUACGCAUGAUGCCUCAGCAACCGCCACAGAUACCUCACUCAACCUGGGCGCUGACCCUGGUGGAGACGAGGAGACUCCUGAACUGCCACCUCGCCUUGAUUCUCGCGCUGAAGCAUCCGUAGCUCCGUCGACCGAGCAUGGUCCCGAAGCACCCGCCCCGACGGAGAAUGAGCAUCCGCAAGUCGCGUUGCUGCGAGGGAUGUUCCCGGAUUUCGAUACUCUUAUCCUCCAGUCCGUGCUCGAGUCCGUCAACUACGAUCAAGACAGCGCGAUCGAUGUCUUGCUGGGGAUGAGCGAUCCGGACUACGUAUCGUCCGCCACUCACGAGCAGCCUCAACACCACGACCUCGCCCUCGACGAGCAGCUCGCUCGGCAGCUUGCUUUGGAGGAUCAGCAGCAGCAGCACGCGUCGGGCCAGUCAUGGCCUCGGAGGAAUGACGUGCCUUAUCAACCAAGGCAGCAGGGACCUCAGGGACCACAGCAGCAGCAACAGCAGUACGUGACGGGGAACGAGCGCGGCGACCUCCAGGAGUUCCAGGAGACACUGGGCAAGAUGGCUGAAAGUGGUAAACGGACGUUCAGCUCGAUCGUCACAAAGGCGAAAGCGAAGAUCACAGAGUUGAACGAACAAUACAACCAACGGUCGGGCCAACCCCCAGUCAAUCAGACCAGCCAGAGGGGCCCCGCUUCUUCAUCGCAGGUCGACCGACACACAGCAUCGCAGGCCGUCGCACAGCAAUAUUACGGCUCCAACAACCCUAACGCCCCGUACGACGUGCAAACACCGCCGGCCGCACUGUACAACCAGCAGCCCCAGUCAAGCACUGACGUCCGGGGAUACGACGUUGGUUCUACUGCAUCUCUACCUUCGACGCCAGGCGCCCGCACGUCGAGCCCACCAGCGACAAGCCGGAUAUCGAUGUCUUCGCCCCGUCCCUCAGGUGAGGUCCCCCAGCCGCCGCGGACGUCUACCGGUAGCCCCAUCGACGCAGCGAAACUCGGACUGCUCCCGAAACGCCCCGUGUCGCUGCUGAUACCGCAGUCGACCACCGGCGCGGGGGCGAUGCAGCGCCAGGAGAGCGAGGACGAGCUGGAGUAUGUGGAGAACCCGUUUGAGGAGGGCGAAGGGAAGCGUUAAUGCUGAAAGUUGGGUGGAGUAUUUAUGGAUAAUUUGAGAUGGGAUGGACUGCUGAUUAGUACUUGUGUAUGGAGUAUGUGGGCGAUGUUGUAAGAUUGGGCGGAAUCUUGUACCGAAACUACAUACUCGUCCGUGACAUUGAGGUCGAUACUGAGCUGCUCCACGUAUUGUCAUCGACUUGGAUGCUACGCUACAGGCAGCCGUGCACUGCUGUCAGAACACAUUGACA